AUGAUUUAUAUCUCUGUGUCCUCAGAUGUGAGCUUCCUAAGAAUCCAUCUGUCUGGGAAUAACAACCAUAUAAAGUUCCUGCAGGGCCCUCAAGACAACAUAGUAUACGCUGCAGGCCAUAGAAACAUGUUCCAGACAGACUUCCACAGUUUGACCUCUAUAAAGGUUGUAUGACUGAGUUACUUGUGUAUUGUGUUGCUUUAUAUUGAUUUAGCUCUAUUCAGGUCGUGCUCUAAGUAGGAUUGUCCAAUUCAGUUGCUGUAAUGUAAUUGAUGGUAAUAACAGAGGGAGGGUUAUUGAUAUUGUUACAGUAAAUAUUUAGCUAAACAGUCCUUCCCCUCUUAUAUACUGUAGACUAGAUUAUGUUGAAAAGGAUGUAUUGAACAUUGUAUUCUACAUGUACAGAUGUAGGAUCUUAAUUUGAUCACUCUUAUGUUACUGAGAAUUUUACUGCACAUCAGGAAAUGCAAACUUGUAGUAUAUUCAAGGUUUAAAAAGGGUUUUAAAGUUAGUAAUUUCCACUUUAAAAUAUCACAUUAUUUGCCCUAACGAAAAAUGUAUCAACGCCUUCAAAAAAUGUCCAUUAAUUAUAAUCCACAUAAUAAUUCACAUGUCCUGUUGCUGCAUGAGUAUUUUCCUGCUGUAUUAAACUGGCUCAAAUUAAGAUCCUACAUCUGUACCUGUACAAUAUUUUUAAUGAUUGCCUUUGCAGAGUCCUGUGUUUGGAGAGGGAUGUAGAAGUAAUGAUCCCGCAUCACCAGUGAGUAUCUGAGAGGAUGUUGGUUUUAUAGUACAGUUCAUUACUAAAGUUGCACAUAGAAUAAUUUGCAUACAACGAUGUAACACAGUUCUGUUUUGUACUUCAGGACUGUCACUAUAACAUCACUGUUUUACACAAGACUAAAGAUCCAAACCAACUGUUCCUGUGUGGAACCAAUGGACAACAACAGACAUUGUGCUGUUACAUGGUAUGGGACAUACUUUUCAUUAUAUAAGUAUACAUGACUUUUCAUGGUACCAUUUUGCCAUUGGCGUGUUGACACAAAACUAUUCCACUGCAGAACCCAUCAGACGACCCGUUUAACUGCACUCGAUCCAAGGGCAUCCAAAACAUUAAACAACACAUAAAUGAAAGCGAGCCAUCGCUCCUCAUUGGUGAGGAAAAUGUCUCAUUGGAAAAUCAUUACUCUAUAAUAUGACCUAAUGUUCAUGACUGGUUGGUUAUUGAGCUAAUGUGUUGUGUCUCCAGGUUCUGCUGAAGUAGAGGAAUUCUACACCACUCACUCAGGCACAGAGGGUUCCGUGGGGAUCCACAGGUUUGGGAAGAACAGACUAUGGACAGAAAAAAGUGGAACAGGUAUGGAUCAGGGUGAGAGAACAAGACGUGGCCUGACAUUGUUUUGUUUAGUACUGUAUAUCUGAUCAGACUGUCCAUUGAAUUUAAUGAUUUAUCCUGUUAUUUUCCCUAGAACAGAGAUAUGUGAGUUUGGUGGCUAGUGGGCAGAGAGAGGAUAAUCUGCAGGACAGACUAUAUGCCUUCUACAUAGAGAAGACCCGAGACCCGAGUUUGGACUCUGAUCUCUGGGUUUCCCGGGUUGCUCAAGUCUGCAUGGUAAGCACUACAUACAUGAAUGUAGAACAUGAAUCAUGCCUUCACUGUAUGUAAUCACCAGUGCUGCAGUUUAGUUCAGAAAAUAUUUGUAGAUCUUUCAUAUGCGGCACCAACUCCAUUUCUGCCCAUUUAAGCCCUUAAUUAAGACUAUUUUCAUUGGGGGGCUCCUUUAAGUGGUGUGUGCACUUGCCCACUGUGAUUAUCUUAGCAUGUCCGUGGUUGGAUGUGUGUUCCAGGCCGAUCUUGGAGGACCUAAGUCCUAUCUGCAGUUCAGGUGGACCUCCAAGUUGAGUACCAGGCUCUUCUGUGGAGACCAUGACAGCAGGCUGUACUUCACCCAGCUAGUGGACAUGAACACUGUUCUGGGAGACAGGUGGCAGGAUACCAGGGUCUACGCACUCUUCAGGAAUGGCUGGUAGGACGACAUACUGUAGAUAGAUCAUAAUGGACCUUAGUAACAUACACAAAUCAGCAAUAGCAACACAACAGGCUCUGGGAGCAGGGACUCAUAGUACAGUUUAUGACAUGACGUUGCAGUGCCGUUAAGAAAAAAAAUCUAAUUUGAAAGAUAAACAUCGAAGUGAAAGUGACAUAAGGAGUUUUAACGAUUAAGAAAACCAAAAUGUCGUACUCUUUGUUUUGUUUUUAUCACAUGGAAGUUUGGGUUGUGCUUCCCCUCUUUAAAUGUAACUUGGUUACAGUUCAUAUUCCUUUUCUGAUCUCGAGAGUCAUCUGAUCUUCUGACCUUUACUGAAAGCAGAUGUUGUGAAACAUUGUGAAAGAGAUCUUUAGUAAGGGGUAUAGUUGAAACUUGCUGAGCUCUGUGUCUAUCCCUAGGGGUAUGAGUGCUGUAUGUGUCUACACCGUAGAAGAUAUUGACCGCAUCUUUAAAACGUCCAACUUCAAGGGACACACAGGGCCCGUUCCAAACCCACGACCUGGGGAGGUAUGCUCAACAAUAUACUCAACUUUCUAGUCAGCUCUACUCCUUUACUCUGUAUGUCUACAAUAUUGGACUGUAUUCUGUGUAUAUCUUUGUAUGUUGAAGUAUACAUAAAAGUGUCCAUCCUCUUGUAGUGUGUUAAAGACAGCACUAAACUCCCCAUGGAAGUCCUGAAGAUGGUGGACAAGCAUUCAGAGAUGGAGGAGUGGGUCACCAGUGGGCCUCUCCUGGUCUCUCACCGCCAUUACCACCACAUCCGCAUGGAUAGAGUCCAAGGCAAAUGGAAUGUCCUGUUUCUGUCUCUAGGUGAGAAGUUUUGAUCUCUAGAUGAUGAAUCACAAAUGAUCAGUCUGAAAGGAAUGACGGGAAACCUUAGCCUUCGGAGAUGUUUGGAGACCUUUAACAUACACCUCUUAUGACCCUGCAGCAAGUGAUGAUAGGGAGCUGUAUCGUGUUUAUGUACAGUAUAAUUAUAGGAAUGUGGAUGAGAUGAGAAAGUUUCCAUCUUAUAAUCACACCAGUUUCAAGAGACAGAGGCUUUCAGAAGGUUGAAAUAAUAUUGACCAUUCAUGGUACUAGAGGGUGUAAAGUGACACUUUUUUUCACGCUGACUGACUGACACUGAUCUUUUGUAAGGUGUAAAAAAAAGGCCUGUCUGAACAGUUUAUUUUGAACUUUAAAAAAGAGAAGUAACUAAGUGGAAGUAUAGUCUUAUCACACUGUGCUAGGAAACCAGAGUUCAUUUCCCAUCAUUGCACUCAAAUUGGCACACAGAGACUUCAACCCUAACUCGAGAUUCACGCCUGCACAACAGUUUGUAGGGUGUGCUUAGUGUCAGAGAAAUACAACCCGGACAUGAGACUGAUGAAUGUAAUUGAAGUACAGUAUCAGAAGCAUUACUGUAGCAAUAGUCAUAGAUACUCAUAGAUAUGUAUCCUCAGGGUGAGUCUAUGCCCCACCAUGCAUCUGUACUGUGAGUGGUGUAAUAUAUGACUGGAGGAUGUCUCAACGUUAUGAUGAAACAUUUAAAGGACUGUUGACAUUUCUUACCCACACCUUUUUUUUGUAAUGUUUGACUCUCACUCAUAUCCUCAAUGAUCGAUGACUGCUGUUUGACACUGGCUGUGUGUGUGUGUCUACACUAGAGAAUGGAGGGAUUCAUAAGGUUCUGGAGAGGGAUGGUCAGGCCUUCGUCAUCGCUGAGUUACAACCUUUUAACUACAGGGCACACAUCCUCAGUAUGAUGUUACACUCCUCAACGGUGAGUCAAGGAACACAGCCCACACAGAAACCUCCCCAUUGAGAUCCAACAGUGGUAGCAAUGUAGUAAUAAAACAUGGAGUGGAAUAGACAAUAGUCAAAGAGAUCCCUUUCAUACCAUGUUUUAACAUGUGGAUCAGUUAUUUGAUCACGGCUGAACGUUUGAUGAUUCAACUACAGAUGUUGUUGUCCUUUAAAAUGCAUUCCGUCUGCAUAUCAUUUGAUGGCAUUGUGGAUUUAGUUUAAUAAUAAGUAUUGGCCACAGGUUUAAAAUUGCAUGCCUCAUUCAAAUACACAGAAUGUUGUAGGCUGUUACGUAAUAUCCAUCUCCAAUGCGCCCACAUCGGAAGGUGGUUUCCAAAAUCCGACCACAAUACGUCCCAGAGGUCUGAACGGGAGGAGAGAGACAAUAGACAGGAACAACUGCAACCAUAACAACUAUAUUUAUAUCUCUAUAAUAAUAUUGUAGAAGAAGUGGUGUUCUAAUUGUAAGCCAGUAACUUUCUUCUGCAGUCAACAGUCAUUGUUCCAGUAUUCCCUACAAUAUUAGAAUAAAGGGUUCCAAAAGGGUUCUUCGGCUGUCCCCAUAGGAUAACCCUUUUUGGUUCCACAUAGAACUCUUUUGGGUUCCAUGUAGAACUCUCUGUGUAAAUAGUUCUACAUGGAACUCAAAUGGGUUCUGCCUGGAACCAAAAAGGGUUCUUCAAGGGGUUAUUCUAUUAGGUUCUAGAUAGCUCCUUUUUUUCUAAUGUUCUUGUGGUGUUGUGUUCCAGGCAAAGCUGUAUGUGGCCUCCAGCAAAGAGCUGGUUCAGAUUGACCUGGGCAGCUGUGAUCAGUAUGGAGCCCAGUGUGAAGACUGUGUUUUGGCCAGAGACCCUUACUGCGGCUGGGACGGCCAUCGCUGCACCACAGCUACAAAGUAAGACCAAGCACAGCCUGCUUUCAGCUUAUAGCAUCCGCUGUAUAGAUAUUUAAUGGUAGUGAUUUGAAAAUAGAUUUCUCAUUAAUGGUUAUCAACAUAUUGGUUUCCUCUCUGUGGUUUCCUGUGAGCCUUAUACAGUUUUGUUGUAACACUUCAUAGUGUUUGUCAAAAAUGCAAAUAUAGAGUGGUGCAUUAGUUUGGCCAUUAUGCUAGACCUUAUUUUCCAUCAGUUCAGCUCAACAUGGCCAGAGGUAGUUUUUCCAGAAUGAUGUAUACACACAUGGCCCUUGUUCAAACAAAUGUGGUGUCAGAUGAGGCCAUGAAAACAAACAAAAUGUACUUCAAACAAAUGUGGUGUCAGAUGAGGCCAUGAAAACAAACUAAAUGUACUUCAAACAAAUGUGGUGUCAGAUGAGGCCAUGAAAACAAACAAAAUGUACUUCAAACAAAUGUGGUGUCAGAUGAGGCCAUGAAAACAAACAAAAUGUACUUCAAACAAAUGUGGUGUCAGAUGAGGCCAUGAAAACAAACAAAAUGUACUUCAAACAAAUGUGGUGUCAGAUGAGGCCAUGAAAACAAACAAAAUGUACUUCAAACAAAUGUGGUGUCAGAUGAGGCCAUGAAAGCAAACAAAAUAUACUUCAUUUGAUUAAACGUGACAUACUUACAAGUAUGUCUGCAGUGUGUGUCAGAGGAAAAUGUUAGUUCACUUCCUCACUCUGAUCCCCACCUGCUGUUAAAAAGUAUACUACACUUCCUCCUCUACACUCCCCCCAAACAUGCACACACGCUACACACACACGAUACUACACACCACCUUGUCGUGUAGUCAAAUGCUCUAUGCUCCGUUGGUGUGAUACUAUGUGGUUUCAGUACAGCUCCUCUGUUUCAAAGAACUAUCUCUCUGCCAACCACAAGGUAGACACCCUACACCCUACUGUACAAUAAACCGGUACAUUUGCUGGUUGAGUUGCUGGUUGAGACUCCUUAACUCAUAUAUGCUUGUCUUUUUACAGUGAUACAAUUCAGGAUGUGGAGAACGGGAACCAUCAGGUAUGCAGCAACAUAUCCAGAGGAUUUACUGCAAGUAAAGGUGUGUAGUGUGUUACAGCCAUCCUUGUACAAAUACAAACCCCUUAUUAUGACCAAGUACUAUAAUAAAGGAUGGAAACCAUCCACAAUGGUUAGCUAUGGGAGUCUAAAAAGCAAUGUUUUGCUCUUAGUUUACUUUCCAGGGUCAUCAGUUGGCGCUGAAGAUGGAAUCAGAGUCCCUCUAUCUUCAAAGUACUUCCUCCAUUGCCCAACCUUGUCCAGCCACGCUGAGUACAGCUGGAGGCACCAUGGCAACACCACAGCAACGCCGUGCAUCUCCACAAAGUCAGAGGACCAGUGUCUCCUGCUAAUAGAGAGCAUGGGCCCUGAGCAGCAGGGAACAUACAGCUGUGUGUCUGAGGAGAGGGGCUACCGCAGGACCCUGGUGCAGUACCAGUUACAGCUGGACAGGGGGGUCACAGGCCUGGCCUCUCACCACCUACCCUUUCCUGGUCUGGGUCUGGUACUACUACUGGUCCUGACUUUGCUCUGCUAGCAUCAGCUCUAUGGACUAUCACCCCAGCCCUAUGACCGAGCUGACUUGACUUGGACAUGCCUGCACUUGUACUUUGGUCUUCCUUACACCCACGGUACCUCAAGAAUAGUUCAUGACAGUCAAGUGACCGACAAGGGGCCAAAGCUUCGCUGAGCCAUUUCCUUUGUUACUUUCCCAAUCAGUUGGUCAAAAAACUGAACGCUGCAGAAGUUAAAGCAACUGCACUUGUGCUGAGUUAAGGAUUUAUUGGCCUUAUGUGUUUUAUAAUCAUGCUAUGUUUUCCAAUAUGAAACUUUGCAGGGGUUUAAAAUAUUUUAUGUGAAAAUCUGAAUGUACAGGAUAUUGCAAAAACAGACUAAUUUGGUUACAUUUUAGAAAUAUAUAUUUUUACUUAACUACUAAGUUUCUUUGCUAACAGCAUGAUAGUUGUAAAUAUAUAUAUUUCUUUAUCGAUUACUUAUUUAUAUGUACAGUAUUAAACUC